AAACGUUGUCGUCCGAUUACGAGUAUGUAAAAUACUAGCAAAUGAAACAUAUAAACUCAUUUUGAACUCGUAAAUAAAUGUAUAUUAUAUUCUAAUUUUAAAAAAAAGACUGUUUUCGUAAGUUUCUUCAACCUCAGAUUAGUGGAAUGUUUUAUAAGGAAAUCAAAAUACAUGUCUUUCUAUAUAACCGACAUACUCUUUCUAAUGCUGGGAAUGAAAACUCCACGACAAAGCUGGUACCAGCAAUUUUAGGAGGCAGUGUGAAAUUUGAUAUAUUUAUAAUUAGAUAUGUUUUAGUUUUAUCUUGACUUUUAACUGUAGAGUUAUGAUAAUUAUAGCAUAAAUAAGACAGACUAAAGUGUUUGUACUAAAUGACAUCAAACAAUAAACUAUAAUUCUAAAGGGAACACCUCAGGAUAUAUUUGAGUUUUUUCCUCGUCUAUAUAUAUUGCUUUACGUUGACUAUUAAUGUAUUCAUGAAACAUACACUGUUGCAGAGUUUCGUUUAAUGUAGCAUUCCCGAUUGAAUAGUGUGUAUUUAUUGAAUGGAAUACUGGUCAGGAGACAAAACUAUUGUCAGAAGCUCUAAAGACAAAUAGUUUUGACUACUGACUGACAAGUCUUUCAAUAAGUGUUUUAUUACAUGAAAACUGAAACAAUUUUUUCAUAAUUUUUCUUCAAGUUUUGACCUUUCCCAUUGAAGUAUUAACCGGCCACUGGCAUAAAUUUUAUAUGAGUAAAUAAUAAUUAUCCUUAUAUUGACUUCAGAAAGAGCAACUUAUUAGGUUAUACAUGCGCCUGUUAAUGGGAAAUUAAAAAUCAAUGAAAUUUAGGAAGGUCUUGACAGUUUUUAUUAAAAUGCAAAGCUCUCAUGGGGUUUGCAAGAUGUCAAAAAUGUUAAUUACGCUAAUAGAUAUUUUGAAAAAUAUUCCUCAAGCCGAUCCUCGAUAGUGAUCAAGUUUUUCUAUAUAGAAUUCUAACAUGACCCGAUUUGUUUUCCAAUUAAAUAAAGAAGACCUAAAACUUUGUGCUAUUAUACAAUAUUUUACUGUUUGUUCGUCAAAAUAAUGACGUCAUAACGUCAAACAUCAUAGCGACGCACUGGAAAAGAAAACAAACAAAAAACAGUCAAAUAUUUUGCGCAUUUCAUCAAAAUGCACAUAAUGAUCCUCGAUAAUGUACUACACUCGAAUUAAUAUAUCUCACUUGGAUAAAAUCAUUGCUUGUCGUCCAGAUUGUGUAUUAUUAUAUCACUCGGGCUGCGCACUCGUGAUGUAAUUCCUUCACAUCUCAACUCCAAACAAUGAUUUAUUUAAUGAUAAAUGACUGUUUGGGACAUAUUAAUUCUUAAAUAAAAAGGACAUGUACUUUAUCUUAAUACAGAAAAGACCAAUAAAUUAGAAUACUUAGAUGCAAAAGGUUUAUCAAUGUUUAAUGUUUUAUUCAUCCCGUGCUUUUUUUUCUGAAAUAAAUUAUAUCUUAAAUUUUAGCUAAUUAUAAUACCAUCAUUCCGUCCAUUACCACUUAUAUUUGGUAAAUACAAUGCCUAAAACGUGUCAUAUAUACGUUCAAACCUUGUCAUAUAUGCGUUCAAAACCUGAGGUACAAACUUUUUCGUUGUUUCAGUAAAUAUAUGUUUUUAAUAAUACAUUUAUAUUUUGUAAAAAUUUGAUGAAGCUAAAUUAUGAUAAUUUUCAUUUAUUUUCAAAAGUAAUAAGCUUCAAUCUUUUGUUUUCUUCUUAUUUCUACAAAGAUACAGAAAAUAAUUCAAACAUCGGUUGAUUCAUAUAUGAAAGUAUAGUAUUUAUAAAGUUCGGAAACAAAUACCAAUUUUCAGUAAGUUUCACAUUAUGAUCAUUCCUAAAAUGAGUUAAAUUCUCACUGAAUCCAUAAAAGUCUAGAUAUCAAUAAGUUUAUUUAUACAUGAUUUACAAGUGGAAAAUGGAGGAAGCACUCAUAUUUAGUAUACUUCAUGUAAAUACUUAUACGAAAAUACACUUUAUCCUGUUUAAACAAAUGAGUUAACAGUUUUGGAAUACGAUAAAUGUUUACAUAUAUUACAAACUAAUUCCGAGAACUUUGUUGUAAAAUAAGAAUAUUCUUUUCAUAAUCAAACAAAAUCGGAUCUUUUGGAUCAACCGAAUCAUUUAAAUUUCAAUCUAUCUUUUGUACAACUUAACAAAGCAUUCGAGAGCUGGGAUAAAUACGACACCUGUUAGAUAAUUAAGCAAUUCAGAAGCGCAUUUAAAAGAUUGAAAAUCAAAAAUAACAAAACAACAGUCCUUAUUAGUUUUGACAUUAUGUCUCCAUCAGAAAUAACAAAGUUAUGAUAUAAACAACGUCAGGCUCGGCAACGUCAACGUGACAUUAUGAAAUCGUGGAAUACGGAAGGUCCUUCUAGUGUGGAUUUAUGGUAAUGUGCAAAUCAGGAUAUGGAAAUUGUAUGGUAAUAGCAGAUAACAACAACGUGGAUAAAAUACUAGUAGUGCGUCCAUAGUCUUGUCUAAUGCGAAUGCAGUAUACUGAACAAUAAAAUGUUACCAAUACGUAAAAAAUACAAAAUAUACCACAUGGAAAUGGUGUGCAGAAGAGCAGAUGGACGAUCGGCAAAUAUUGAUGAAUUACAUCAGAGCGCCGGCGAAUGUCCAUGUGUGUGGGAUGUGGGUCUCAAAUCCACGACCAGUUCAUUCUUCGGGUAGCCCCGGACCUUGAAUGGCACGCCUCGUGUUUAAAGUGUGCAGACUGCAAUCAGUACCUAGACGAAUCAUGCACGUGCUUCGUGCGGGACGGAAAAACGUAUUGCAAGCGGGACUAUUCCAGAUUAUUUGGACAAAAAUGUGCAAAAUGUGACCAAAGUUUUCUGAAAAAUGAUUUUGUGAUGCGUGCUAAGGACAAUGCCUACCAUAUAGACUGUUUCCGGUGUGUCGCGUGCAGCCGACAACUUAUUCCGGGGGACGAGUUCGCGCUUAGAGAGGACGGACUAUUUUGUAAGGCGGAUCAUGACGUUGUGGAACGUGCUUCGAUCAAGGACGAAAAUAGUGAUUGUGAAAGUAGUCCGUCUACUAAAAGUGUCAACAGCAUAAAUAAUAACAACAAUAAUAACAACAAUAAUAACAACAAUCUCGAUAAAACGAAAAACAACAUUCUUAAUAAUAACAUUAUCAAAAGUGAAAAAGGAAUUUCAAGUGAGCGGCGAGACCACAGUCAUGGGAAAAAUGGCGUUAAAAAGGACCACAAACCUACCAGAGUGCGCACGGUACUAAACGAGAAACAACUACACACGUUGCGCACGUGCUACAACGCUAAUCCACGACCGGACGCUCUCAUGAAAGAACAAUUAGUUGAAAUGACAAACUUGAGUCCACGUGUAAUACGAGUUUGGUUUCAAAACAAGCGUUGUAAAGACAAGAAAAGAAGCAUCUUAAUGAAACAGAUGCAACAACAACAACAGGAAAAGAAUGGCGGUCGACUUCAUGGGCCGAUGCAGGGUGUUCCAAUGGUCGCCUCAAGCCCAGUGCGGCACGAAAGUCCGAUGCAGGCCAAUCCGGUCGAGGUCCAAGCAUAUCAACCUCCAUGGAAGGCACUAAGCGAUUUUGCCAUGCAGAGCGACCUUGACCAUCAUCCUCCUUUCCAGCAACUGAUGAACUCAUUCGAUCAUAUGGAUACAGAAGGACCACAGGACCUCAGUAUGGAUAACGGUUAUUCCGGAAGUCACGUGGACACUUAUUACGGCUGGCCAAAUCAACAUGAUGAGUACGUAACUCCGGGCUCUCCGAACUCAGAAUAUGCUGAUUAUGGUGAAACACCAUCAGAUAUGUCAAGUCCAAUGAGCCAAUGACCAAAAAAUUCUAAAUUUAUCUAUAUACACUUUGCUUGAAAGUAAAUAUUCACAACGAGGCUAGAUGGGGAACACUCUUACAGAACUUUUCGUUCCUUACACUCGCUGGACGAAGGAGGGAGUAUGGGUUCAAAAUGAGUGAUUAUAAAUUCGAGGAAAAUGUUAAUUUGUAUGUUGAGAACGUUGUUUUGCGAAAACAUCUUAGAUACAUUGACAAAAGAGCGUUACGAUUUUAUACAGAGUAUUCGGCUUUGGUGUAGAAUUCAACAGAUAUAAAUAUAACAGUCUUGUAUAUAAUCGAAACAUUGUGACUUUAAGAUACUACAAAUAAACAACAGGGAUAUAAAAAAAGAAGUGUCCAUUUUAUCAUCUAUGUUGAAUGGUUAUACGAGGUAUUUUUACUUAUAUUGUAUUUCAAUGAGCUCUCCAAAAGUACUCUUUAAUAAAAUGUAGAAAAAGGUAAAUAAAGCCACGAUUCGAUGUUUCUUUUGUUUUCAUCAGGUUAUUUUUCGCUUAAAAAUUAGAGUUCUUUCGAAUAUAGUAUAUUCAAAAUGUUUUUGUCUCAAAUAAAUAAUUGCUGUUAAAAAAUCUUGAUAUUGUAUUUUUCCUCAGUUGUUUAAUGGAAUAAAGACUCAGUUAAAACGUAAAAAAGUUAUUUUAACAAUAGUUCGAUCAAAUAUCAAACAGUUCUUUCUAUAGAAAUAAAAUAGUUGGCAAUAUUUAAACACUGAUUUAAGUUGUUUUGUUAAUGAAUUUUUACUGUACUAAAGGAACUUAGCAUUUUAAAGAUGCGAUUGUAGACCAGAUUCUGACUAGUUAAUUUUUGAACACGGUUAUAAAAUUAACAAAUGGCAUAGUUUUAUUGUUAGACUGGUCGGCAGAAUCAGUUUUAUCACACCGGAUCUGUAACACAGGUCCAAAUAUCCUUGCUUGAUCAACAGUCGUAAGGCUCGAAAUGAACGUGCUGUUAAUAGAAGGGUUUUAACACGUUUUGUACGACUUCUCCCCGAUAAAUUAUGUACAAAGAUGUUUUCUUGGCUCUCAAUUCAUAACUAAGUACUUGUAAAUUCGAAAAACAGCUGAUCGUUAAAAAAUCAUAAAACGUUUAUUAUGGAAGAAAAAAAUGCAGGCUACGAAUUGUCGUAAAUAUAGGUCUUUGAAUACUUGCUGGAAAAAUAUACAUGUACACAAAGCAGCAUUUUAAAAUCGCAGUAUAACAUGUUUUAUAAACUUUACAACACUGCUUAUCGAGGCAAAUGUUCUUUUCGUCCGCAGAUAUUGUAGAACACAUUCGAAUAAUAAAAUAUAAGAAAAAGAUCUAUAUUGGUUUGCAUUUACUGAAACAGACUUUAGUUGUGAUGAGUGUUCGUUCUGCUGUUAUGAUGUAAACUAUAGUCUGUUACUUGUUGUGCAAUACAAUGUACACGUGAUCAGCAUAUGUUGGUUUGGUAAAAACAGAAGUAAAAAUGUGUUUUAAACUUGAAAUAAUGUAAAGCAGGGUUAUAUUGUAAGAAAAUGCUCGCAUUAUUUUUAUCUACAUGUUUUAUUACAAAAGAAAGAUAAAAAAUGUUGAAAUAUUUAAGUAACACGAACCGCACAGUUUUUGAAUCACGAGUGAACAAAAACAUUGUAAAAUUGUUUUCAAUUAUUAUACUAGAAUUCUGCAAUUAACAGUAUAAACUUUUUCAGUAAAAACAGUGGAGAACAUGUACAGUUACUAAUACUGCUCUGAUUAUCAGAUAGCUUUUUCCAAAUUGUACUUUUUCAUCAUUAUGUACCAUGAAAAAAUCGGUCAUCCAAGAAAGAAACACAUCAUUUUGUAAUCUACUCGGAUUGUAACUUGUCAUUUUACUUUUUAUGCUGUGCCUAAAUACCAACACUUACAAAAGUGCAAACUAUGUUUCAAAUUGAAAACACGGGUUUCUAUAUUUUUAAGUGCUUGUAGCUUUUUGUUAAAGCAAUGUAGUGGAGUUCUCAUGAUAGAACGAGCGAUUUUUUGUUGGUUUGAUGUUAUAGUCAUAUUAUUGGUUGAUUUCUUUCCUUCAUAUUGCCCGACCUCUGUUAAUAGACCGAUGUUUCUUGAGUCUCGAGAUUCCUUAUGAAAAAAACAUAUCUGGCCCCAUGUUCAUAAAUCAUUAUUCGGUUUCAGCUGAGAUUGAGAUUGAACGUUUGAUUGCAAAUGUUCCUAUAACUUCAAGAAUACAUUCCAACUGAAACUUACUGUCAAGAUUCGAUAGUCACUCGAAAAUAGUAAUUCACUAAACAUUCAUUUUUAAACAUGCAAUUUUGAUAAAACUAAGAAAUAAAAUUCCAUUAUCAAACUCAGCUGAGACUGAAAUUGGUUUGUGAACAUGGGGCCUGUACACUGUACAUUCUAUGUAUGUGCCAAUAAAAAAAUAACUCAAGCUUUUUACUAACAUAUGAACCGUGCCAUGAGAAAACCAACAUAGUGGG